GGCAAAUUGACAGUUGUUAAAAGGAAAGAGAGAAAAUAGAAGCUCACUUUUUGGUCCUAAUGUUAAUAAUUUUCAGUGUGUUGGCCCUUUUUGUAGCUCGUUUGUCGGCUGAUGCGAAUACAAUGCCAAAAGUCACAGCAAUGUACGUAUUUGGCGAUUCAUUGAUUGACAAUGGAAACAACAUUCCUUUCGUCAAUAGCGUAGCGAAAGCCAAGUAUUGGCCUUACGGCAUCGACUACGAAAAGGGGCCCAAUGGAAGAUUCUGCAAUGGGAAGAUACUUGUCGACUACAUUGGUGAAUUAUUGGGACUUCCACUUAUUCCAUCAUAUGCAGAUACUAAUGUGAAUGGCGAGAGCAUCAUGUAUGGAGUAAAUUACGCUUCAGCCGGAUCUGGAAUUCUUGAAGACACCGGAAAUCAUUUUGAAUUGCAAAAAUUGGGCCUCCGAAAGUUCUUUAUUGCAAAGGUUGCCCCUAUUGGUUGCAUACCGAAUAAAUUAGGCCAGAGCAAUGUCCCUCCAGGAGAGUGCGAGUCAAAAUCGAAUAAUUUCGUCCAAAUGUUCAAUUCCCAACUAAAGCCCUUAGUAAAUCAGCUCAAUUCAGAAAACCCUGGCUUGAUCUUCACUCUUGGUGAUUGUUUCGAAAUAUUCUUGAACUUGCGUGCCAAUGCCGAUGCUUAUGGUGAGAAACUAUAAUUUUUUUUGCAACUAUUUGGAAAUCUUGAUGCGAAAAACAUACAUUGUCCAUGGAAAAAUUGUGUUUCAG